UCUGGUGUUCACAGGGUACUACACCCGCAGUGGGUACGUCCCUGGCCCGAAAUGUCGCUACGACUGGCGAAUUGUGUGGGACAGAGUUGCAGAGCUACAGGAAACACUUAGACCAAAGGCAGAUGGAAAACUACUUUGAUUUCUUGUCCGCUAACGUACAGACUGAUCAGGGUCGCUGGACCGCCCCGUAUCUAGACGCCUGGGGCCUCGGACUUAUGGUGACAUUCACUGUACCUGCCAUCAGUAAAAUAACUAAUAAAGGUGCUCGCCUGUGCUCGGACGUAUUGAUAACGUCCCAGAUAGAGGAGAUUUGGAGGGGAGACUUCGGAGGUCUGGGUGACGUGAAAUGGACGUAUUUUGGGUGUCGCAGCGGCGUGUUCCGUACUUACCCUGGACAUAGAUCAAGAAGGACGUACGAUCCUACGGGGCGCCCAUGGUACCAUCGCGCGAUCACAAACCCACAGAAGAUCACCAUCUCCAACGCCUAUCUGGAUGCUGCUGGGGUCGGCAAGGUUGUCACCCUGUCACGAGCCAUCUUUGAAGGGAUGCCCAUCCCCGACCAGGAUGAAUGUGAGAACGCCACAGCGAUGGGCAAAAAGUUACCUGGAGGGUGUCACUGUGAGAGAAACGGAGAAUGUCUAUCAGAUUACUGCUACAUUAGUGAAGCACCGGGAACCAACCAAAACCUUCCCAGAUGCGCAUCAGACAAGGUUCAGGCUGUGGGAGGUCUGGACAUCUUGUACAACGACUUCCACGAACACAUCUACGGCAUGAUGCAGUCCAGUGACUUUAAGAAGUCCUGCGGACAAAAUUACACUUGCCCAAAUGGAGAGCCAGGCUGUCAAACAAGAUGCUAUUUGUUUGACAACUUCGCCAAUUUGGUAACCGACCAGGACUUCCUGUCGCUUAGCAACUUGGAUGAAAGAGAAUACCACAGGGUGUCGCUUGGCAGGAAGGAAGGGGAGGUCAUGAUGGAGUUGAUAUACAAGCACAAAUUCUUCGAGAGGAAAGAGCAAAUCGAUUUUCAGGGAGCAUGCAGCGUCUCACCAUAUUCCCCCAAGGUAACACUGGAGGGCAUCCCCACGACACCACGAAGCCAAGAUGACUAUUUCAGAAACAAGGGUCCCAUACCAAAGUUCUCCAACGAGUUUGGGUGCAUACAGGAUGUGGUUGGGUUCCUAGCUAAUGUGUCUGCAUUAGGUCCUACAAAAAUGAUCAUGGGAAACAUAUCAGGUCCGUGUACGUCAGGUUUCUACUAUGUCAUCGCUUUGCCGAGGACAAACCUGUUUCUACUUGUUAUUGAAAACUGGACCAACCACAAGGAGAGCCUGUUCUACAACUUCAACUGCCGCAUUCAGAACAGGAUUGCGGACUCUGGAGCCUUCAGAAUCAUCAACGGCACAUGUGCUCACACAGACGACCAGAACACACUGGCCCGGCCCAGGAAGUGUCCUAUUGUCAAGGAUAUCAACAUACCCUGCUCAUAUAACAUAGGGACUUCAGCACAGCAUUCACUUAUUGUGAUGAUGGUGUUCGCAACUUUCACUUGGAUUCAUACCUUCAUACUUGGUACUUAAGAAUACAAAUGAAAAGAAGGAACUCAUUGGACGAUAUGACAAAAACUAUGAGAAACCAUAUAAUAGAUUGCAGUGCACUGCAAUUGUGUUUUAUUUUAUUCAAUAUCUAAGAAAAUCAGGACGCAGUGAAAUUCAAAUUCUAGAAGAGAAUUAGUACCUUGUACUGAUAAAAAUAGGUUAUUGAAUUUUUUUUUAAAUGUAUUCAAUAAGCAAUAACUAUGAUACCUGUUAAGGUGGGAUCAGCAUCUGACAGUUUUUCUCACUGAGUACUAUUAUCAUGUGCAAUAACAAAUAUUGUAUUACAUGUAUGUUAGGUAGAAUACGCGAUGUUAGGCUCAGAUGAUGAUAGAGAAUCAGGUGAAGAAUACUUAACCACCACUCAGCCAAUUAUUGCCAUAUAACAUGACACUUAUGACUUUGAUCAUUGGCAAAUAAAUUCAGUUUAAACACUGUUAAUGAUUUGGAACAUUAGAUGAUCAGGUAUAUAUCCUAUGUAAAUACAGUAUAGCAGUUUAAGAUUUAAGCCAGACAUGAUUUUAUUGUAUUUUUGGAUUAUGUCUAACUUUUGUAAUACAUGUAAUUGACUUAAUAUAACUACAGAUACCCUGCUAGUAAAAAUAAAAACUUUUGUUUUUACUCAUCCCUCUAGCAGUUAGAUACUAUAGUAUAGACUGCUUUUCAUUAAAGCAUAGUUAGGUUAGUAACAUAUUCAUACAUGUACAUCAUGUAUGCUUCAUAUUAUGUUUAUUAUGUAAACAUUCUAGAUGUAUAUUAACCAAGGAGAAGGCAAAUUCCUUCUAUGUAGUAUUCGAACAACGUUUGUCAAAUUAGCGUACAUCAUGACAACACAUCUUCUAUGAUCAUUCACUUGCUUUUAUUGUUUUAACAUAUUAAGAACAGUAAACAUAGAACUAUUGCCAUUACAGGUGCUCAUAUUAGGGUCAGCAAUAUUUCAGGGUUGGCUGAUCACAACAACCUAUGAAUAAAACUAUGUUUUAUUCAACAAUACCGUGUUGCACAGAACAACUGAUGUUUUCAUUACACUAAAUUGCCCUAAGUUAGACUUGAAUUCCAAGUCAUUUGGCAGACUGAUAAAACUGUGGGAAUUGGUCAGGGAAUAUCUUAUCUAGUCAUUGGAGUACAGACUUGUCUGCUGCAUGUUGGUUUCAAAUUGUGACUCUAUGGCUGGGUAACUCCUAUUGCCAAUUUCUAAUAUUGUUCAAGCAACUUGAUGAUCUGGCAGAGAUCGUUCACAUCAUGCCAUAAGUUACUGCUCCAAAAUGUGUGCAAUUAAUGAUCAAAUUCUACAGAAACAUACAACGUAUGCAUGAUCCCAAAGAUGGGUUUGGGAUAUAUAGUCCAACCACAAAACACCUAUUAAUAUAAACUGCUCUCAUUGUGCAGCAAUACAAUAUUGGUCGUCUAACUUAUCUAAUGGGAUGUUUAAAGUGGCUCAACAUUCAUGUUUUAAUCUAAAAGA